GUAGCCCCGGAUCGCAUCCCAAAAAGGUACAAAUUCCACUUCGAUCCCGGUUUUUCUUGGAUUAGGGUUAGGGUUAGGGUUUACCGAUGUCGGCGACGGCGGUCGGUGAGGUGGAAUGGGCCGCGUGCGAGUGCUGCGGGUUGAGGGAGGAGUGCACGCCAGCCUACAUCGCCAGAGUGAGGGAUCGGCACGGUGGACGCUGGGUGUGCGGCCUGUGUUCCGAGGCGGUGGAGGACGAGAUCCGCCGCUCCGGUCGGCGGAUCUCGCCGGAGGAGGCCCUCACUCGUCACGCUAGCUUCCGCGAGGCCUUCCGUUUGGCGGCACCACCCUUGACCCGGCAGCGCAUCUUAUCGCCGCCGUUAGGCAGCUCGUCCGCCGUGGCCUCGAAUCUCCGAGGGCGACGCGGUCGAACCCUAACAGCCCUCGCCGGAGGCCAGCGGGUAGCGGCACAACCGUGCUCGCGCCUUCCAGAAGCUGCUUCUCUACCCUUGCUCGCUGGAGAAGUCGAAUAAUCUCGACCCAUGUACCCUACGUAACAAUACUUUUUCCUUUUCCUAUUAUUAUUAUUAUUAUUAUAACUAUAGCUAUUUAUCUAGCCUUUUGUGUUAAAUACAAAAUGAAUAAAUAAAUAAUAAAUUAUCUA